CAGGUGGUGGAGGUCAUGGGCUUCAAUGUGGUUGCAACGAAGACCAAAAGUAAAGGCAGCCAGGCACAGUCUCCCCUGACCCAGAAUGUGACAGCAAUCCAAGGAGGGACUGCAACACUGACCUGCAAGGUGGACCAAAAUGACAACACCUCCCUCCAGUGGUCGAAUCCAGCCCAGCAAACCCUCUAUUUUGACGAUAAGAAAGAUGUACCCUCCAUAAAAGAGCCUGACUCCAAAGGCAAGACCUUCACAGUGAGAAGCACCCUGGGCCUACAGGUAGACCGUAACGAUGAUGGUGUUGCUGUGAGCUGCUCUGUGGACCAUGAAUCACUUCGCUCUUCACCACAAGUGGCCAAGCAAGUACUUGAUAUUCAAUAUGUACCUUCAGUGAAGAUUGAUUUCUCCAGGAACUUUGCACGAGAGGGAGAUGAAUUGAGGCUGGAGUGCCGUGCUACUGGGAACCCAACGCCUGAGGCAGUGAAGUGGAAGAAAGAUGGGGCGGAGCUGCCGGAUCCUGACCGCAUGGUGGUUGAGGGCAAUGUGCUGAUCAUCAGCGCCCUGAAUAAAACCGACAAUGGCACAUAUUACUGUGAGGCAGCGAACACCAUGGGCCACAACAGUGCUGAGUACAUCCUGUUUGUAUACGGUGAGUCACCAGGACCCUGUCACGCACUCCCCCGCCCUUCCAUUCCAGGUGGCUGGGUCGUAUUCCCGUCAACACUCUCCUCGUCCUGA